AUUGUCAGAUACAGUUCCCUCUUCCACUUCCUCCCUCCCUACAACCUGCUGCUCACUGCAGCACAAGGGCCAAGACUCAGAUCUGCCCAUCUCUCACUGCUGUUUGCCUUGGCCUGACUUUCCUUUGCCCCGGGUGCUGACCUCCGCCACGGGUCCAGAGACAUGCAAGCCAUCAAGUGUGUGGUGGUGGGAGACGGAGCUGUGGGGAAAACCUGUCUCCUUAUCAGCUACACCACCAAUGCCUUCCCAGGAGAAUACAUCCCCACUGUGUUUGAUAACUAUUCCGCCAACGUGAUGGUUGACAGUAAGCCUGUAAAUCUGGGGCUAUGGGAUACUGCUGGACAAGAAGAUUAUGACAGGCUGAGGCCACUCUCUUACCCUCAGACGGACGUCUUCCUGAUCUGCUUCUCUCUUGUCAGCCCAGCAUCUUAUGAAAACGUCCGUGCUAAGUGGUUCCCCGAGGUGCGGCAUCACUGCCCUAACACUCCCAUAAUCCUUGUGGGCACAAAGCUGGAUCUUCGUGACGAUAAGGACACCAUUGAGAAGCUGAAGGAGAAGAAGCUAUCCCCCAUUACAUAUCCUCAGGGCCUUGCUCUGGCCAAGGAAAUUGACUCUGUGAAAUACCUCGAAUGCUCAGCUUUGACACAGCGCGGCCUCAAGACAGUGUUUGAUGAGGCCAUCCGAGCAGUCCUCUGCCCGCAGCCCACCCGGACAAAGAAACGUGCAUGCAGCCUCCUCUGAGCUACAGUUACCCAGUGGCCCUUCCUUUUACCAGGCCCUGCUCACCUCAAGGGCAUUUUCGUGUUGCUGUUCAUCAGCAGGCAGCAGCUUUUCCCCCAGCACUCCUUUACUCAUAUUGUUCCCACCUGCCCUUCCCCUUCAACUCAAAGCAGCAAAGGGAGGAGAGAUGCUUCAAGACAAGAGACAAACCUGGCCAAAGCCUGAGGGGAGAGAAGAGUGAGAGCUUUCUAGUUGGGGACCCUGCCCUUCAUGCUCCUACCACUACCGUGGCAGAGGUAGGAAGAGCUGGAAAAUAGACAAACUGGUGCCACAAGGUGUGUCGUGUUUUUGGCUACAGAUCCUGUCCCCAUCCUGAUGCCAGGCUCUGCCCAGCACAAAGGAGAGCAAUGGCUCCAGCAUCCUGGUACCAUCAGUACCUUGUGGCGGUCACUGCGCUUUUUACUUCUGCUGGCUUGAAAGACUGUUGUGGGUCUGGCAGCACUGGUUUGUCCAUUUGCACAACUUCCCCACACUCAGCCCUUCCUCACCAACCUCCAAGCUUACAACAUAGUAAUUCCCAAUAAACAGACCGUACAUUCUUGCCA